AUGCGAUGGAAGUCGCCUCAUCCAGAUCUCGAUAUCCCCUCGGACGUAACAACCUUCCAAUGGGCCUUCGAAUCCCCUCAGCAUUCCCCUCUCCACUGUUCCUCAUCCGACAACCUGGGAUCCUACAUCGACGCCACCACCAAUGAACGUCUCGACUUCGCUCAAGUCAAGGAAUACGCAACUCACAUCAGCACGGCAUUAAUCCACGACCAUGGCCUCCACCCUGGUGACACCGUCUCCCUCUUCUCGACAAACACGAUCUGGUAUCCCGUCGUCGUAUGGGCCACGAUCCGAGCAGGAGGAAGGGUAAACGGGGCGAGUCCGGCGUAUAAUGCCGAGGAAAUGGCUUAUGCGCUCAAGACUGCUUCAACGAAGAUCCUCUUCACCCUACCUUCAUCCCUGGACGUGGCACUCGCGGCUGCCGAUCUAGCCGGUCUCCCGCAUAGCAAGAUCUUCCUGCUCUCUGGAUCCCGGUCUGGGUUUAAGAGUACAUCCGACCUCAUAGCCUCCGGCCGCCAACACAACCCACAUCCAUCCUGGUCGAUCCCGAAAAGCCAAACAAACAAAACAGUAUGCGGCUACCUCAACUUCUCCUCCGGCACCACCGGCCUCCCCAAAGCAGUAAUGCUCUCCCACCACAACCUCAUAGCCCAAUGCCACCAACUCAAACAACUCCAACUCGUCUCCCCAGGCCAAAGAUACAAGAUCCUAGCCGUGAUGCCCCUCUUCCACAUCACCGGCCUCGUGCGUUUCGUCCACUACCCCGUCUUCAUGAACGGCGACAGCAUCAUGCUCCCCUCCUUCUCCAUGCCCGCCAUGCUCGAAACAAUCAUCGCGCACGAAAUCGAAGAGCUCAUCCUCGUCCCACCAAUCCUGAUCCGUAUCGUCCGAGACAAAGUCGUCGACCCCUAUCUCCCCGCCCUCCGAAAAAUAAUAAAACGAUUCUCCUCCGGCUCCGCCCCUACAAGUCCUGAGAUCAUCACCCUUCUGCACAAGAAGUUUCCGCAUACGGGCUUCAGACAGGGCUAUGGGGCUACGGAGAGUACGGCGUGUAUCUCCUGUCAUCCUCCCAGCCACUACGAUUACAAGUAUGCUUCUACGGCCGGGCUAGCGUGCGCGAAUACGGAGAUGAAAGUGCUUUCGCUAGACUUAAACGGGGAGGCGGGGCAUGGGAGGAGGAGGGAAUUGGGGAUUGGGGAGACGGGGGAGAUUUGUGCCAGGGGCCCGCAGAUCGCGAUGGGGUAUCUGGGGAACGAGAGUGCGACAAGGGAGACUUUCGUGGAGGGGUGGUUGCAUACGGGCGAUGUGGGGAAUAUUGAUUCCGAGGGUCUGAUCCGGAUCGAGGAUCGGAUCAAGGAGAUGAUCAAAGUCAAGGGCCAGCAGGUUGCGCCGGCUGAGCUCGAAGACCUGCUACUGGGCCACGAGAGCGUGGAGGAUGUGGCUGUUCUUGGGAUCAAGGAUGAUUAUGCGGGGGAGAGGCCGAAGGCUUAUGUGGUCCUGAAACCGGGAUUUGAGCCGAGUGCCAGGCAAGGUAGGGUGUUGUUUGAUCUGGUCAAGGCGAGGAAGGUUAGGUAUAAAUGGCUUGAGGAGGUGGAGUUCACGGAUGUUAUUCCUAAGUCGCCUACUGGGAAGUUGUUGAGACGGGUGUUGAAGGUUAGGGAUAGAGAGGUGGGGAGGGUAAAGGGGGUUUGUGUUGUAGAUGGCGCGGUGGAAAGGGCGAAGCUGUAG